AUGUUGCUCGUACUGCGAUAUGCCUCAUGGCUAUUGUCGCUGGCCGUUCUCGCCAGUUGCGACUAUACCUCCAAACAGAUUGCAAGUUGGCAAAGACCUCGUGCCUCCUUGAUACGCGACUAUGUAUACCUGGAAGGGGGAAAGAUUCAGACGGGGUCUUGGGAUAACCAACUUCAAAUGUGGAAUACCGAUGAUGUCGUUACCACUACACAAGGAGCGUUGUUCAAUCUCAGUCUACACAAGCCUUUUGGUGCCAACGAGGGAGAUGACCCUGCGGUCUUCCAGAGCAUCCCGGAGGUUGCGGUGAACAACUUCUAUGUCGAUGGAUUCAUGUUUGCCAGCUAUGACGAAUUCUAUGCUUGGGGUGGCAUGAUGUUGACCUCUCUAAACACGAGGGAUCGGACGGUACACGACGUGCUAUACAAUGAGCCUGACGGGAAGAGUGAUGCUGAUCUCGGAGUACCUGACACGGGGUAUGAUCCUCAAAACUCAAACUUUCCACACGGCGUCACGAACGGUGCCGGGGCCAACGCACCAAGCGAGAAGCUCGGGUUUUACUUCGGCGGCUUGUACAACCAGAAUGGCUCGAAGUACGACUAUUUUGACCAGCCUGAAGAUGAGGCCAACUUCCUUAUCAAAGUGACAAUGGAUACUAUUGGCGAUUCCGACUGGGGCAUAUUCACUCCACCAGACGAUGCAAAGAUUCCGUGGCGUGCGGAAGGCGGCCUUGUCUGGAUCCCGACCUCAUCUCAAGGCAUCCUGGUUGCUUUGGGAGGUGUUGUCAAGCCUGCUGAUGCAAACAACUACUACCACGUAGACAAUGUCACCACUUCGAUGACCUUUGUGAAGGAAUUCCCCGUCUACGAUAUCGGAUCAAAUAUCUGGAGUCUCCAGCCAUUGAGUGAUGGUUCGCCAUUCCCCGACAAGCCGAUUGCGCAGUUUUGUACUGUCGUUGCCUCUGCAGCCGACUAUUCACACCAUGAGAUCUUCGUCUACGGGGGUUGGGAUAGCAACAAUGACACCACUCCUAGCAGCGAUGUCUGGAUCUUGUCGAUACCGUCAUUCACGUGGAUCAAGGCGGCCAGCUCAGGACGCGAAGGGGACCCGAGGAUAGGUCAUGUCUGUGUGACUCCCUACCCCGACGAGAUGAUUGUCAUCGGAGGCACUGGAUUUUCAGAGUCACCUCUGACGACAUCUCGAACCGUGGAUGUAUACAAUCUCAGUACGCUGGAAUGGACAGGUUCGUACGACCCAGACGUCCAUGACGACUACAAGCCAAAUCAAGUCGUUCUCAAUGCCAUCUCUGCAACACCAACAGCCAGUGGUAUGGCAUCCGACGUCGCCAACUGGUUCGACACCAAAUACGACACGAGCAAAAUCACCAACUUUGGCCCUUACCAGAAACCAGCUGCAACGACAGCCUCCAAUGGAACGUCGACUCCAACUCCGGCUCCGCACUCACACCAUCGAGACUGGGUUGUCCCGGUCGCCGUUGUAGUCUCCGUUGUGGGUGCUCUAACUCUGUCCGGUUUCUUGUUGUUCAUGUGCUUCCGGAAACGCAUCAUCGAGCGCCGCCGCCGGAUCCUACGAGAGCGAGAAGACUCCAUCGCAGCAGGUAACCGUAAGAGCUAUAUCCUGCCGUGGAUCUUCUCGACCAGCUCUGCCGCCGCACCCAAAGACGUCGGAUCCGACACCAUCACCGAAGUCGAGCCUGCAGGAUCGCCCCAAGUCUUGGCUAGAGGCCCACAUGAGAUGGACAGCAGUGGCGGCAACAGAAACGACUACUUUGGAGGCAGCCAACCUCGGUGGUCGUCCUCGACAGCCGUCAGGUCCCCGCGAGCAGACUGGGAAGGUCCCGCUGAGGCCCAAGACACCGGGAUUGCGGCGAUCCACGAAGUUUCUGGAUCUCCAAUGUCCGAAAAACCAGAUGGAAUCAACUACCAUUUCCGCAAUAUGUCGAUGUACCCUCCCAGUGUGGUGAGCGGGGGCCACCACAACAUCCCGGCGGCCCAGAGCGCAACCAUCUCGUACGCAGAUGAGUCCGAGUCCGUGUCCGCAGCGACGGCGUCGGUGUCCCCUCGUAGCGCAUCCGCAACAAACAUCAGUUCUCCAAGGGGGGUACCUACUAUUCCUGAAGACGGCGGCACCACACUCGACAAUAGCGGCAACGGGACAGCGUCAGGGCCCGGCGGUGCGGCUGUUCUCGGGCCCUUGGACCCUGUCUCUCCGUUGACAAACAAACAGCAGAGACGGCCGCUGCAUAAUCGACACAACUCCAGCGUGAGCAGUGGCGUAUCGAUUCCAUCACUUGGUGUGGAUCAAUCGUCUCCAUUGCCAUCAAGGCCGAGGAGUCUGUCGACUGAGGAGGACAAAGGGGAAGGUGAAGUGAAAGGUAAUCAGACUCUGUAG